AUGAAGACCGUGGAUUUAUACAACCCGUUCAAGAAACACAGAAGGAUGCGAUCAUUGGCAAUUCCUCAGCACAAUCAACAAGUAUCUAGUGAGGAAGAAGUAUUUGACAUCUUGGAGGAAGGGCACGAGGAGCGCUCUUACAAAAACCCUUUGAUGGAUUGCACAAGCAUGGGCGAAUAUCUAGAUGUCCUGUCAGCUCAUGACAUAUGGAAGGAUGGUAAAAGCUUGAAGACACAAGUUGACUCACGGUCAUUGGACUUGGGAUUUCUUUUGUCUGAUGAUGACCAGAUGACCGGUAAUCACCACCAACCAUGGUCAGACAUAUUGGAUAUGCAAUUCCACAUCUCAUUGGAUGACAACCGGUCACAUGAUGAGAUAUUGGACUUGGGAUUUCCUCCACAGCCAGAUGAUGGAGAUGAGCUAGAUUUGGGGUUUGAUAUUGACGUCGAUGAUCCAGCUGAAGAUGGGGCUCUGGAUAUGGGCUUCAACACAUAUCCGGCAGAUGAUUUUCUGAAUAUAGGGAACAAUAUUCCACCAGAAGAAAACCCUUUAGAGAUGGGUUUCGAGAUGGAUCCGGUACACAUUGAUCUGGAUCAGUCUUUCACUGUCAGUCGACCGGAUUCCAUUGGAUUUGUGAUUCAGAGGGCUGUAGGUGAUUUGCAUGUAGCAAUGCACCGGUUGGAUAUGGACCGGGCUGGUGAUACCAUGACACCGGAUGAAGCCUUUGCAAUACAGCAAGUUCUUGACUGUGCACAAGAGUUAUCAGUGCUGGCAUGUCAACUGAUCUCAAUAUCUCAACUUUCAACCUGA